CAACUAAAAGCAGACAUGCAGUCCAACAAUCUCAAGACCAUUGCAUUUGCUUACAAGAAGACAGAUGGUCAAAUGCUUGAAGAAAACGAUAUGACCUUAAUAGCACUGGUAGGUGUAAUGUAUAAUUAUGACACAGAAAUUAUGGAAGCAGUGGAAUUUUGGAGAAAAGAAGGAUCUAACGUGAUACUGUUCUCAGACGAUAGCGCGCCUGUGCUGGAAGACAUUGCUUGUUUAUUUGGAAUAGUACUUCCCAACUCAAACAAAUCUGUGAUUGAAGGUGAAAGGUUUCGAACUAGUGAUAAAGAAGGCAUGAUGGACAUAGCAGAUCAAAUCUAUGGGAUGGUAAACUCCACUUCUUCUGACAAGUUCCUUUUGGUGCAAUGUCUGAAAGAGAAAGGCCAGGAGGUGUUAAUGGUUGGAGAUAGAAUAGAUGAGACUCCAGUUCUCAAAGAAGCUGAUGUGGGGGUUGCAAUAGGGACUCGCAGUAUUGAAGAUCCAGAGUGUUGUGACAUAAUCAACUUGGAUGGCAAUGAUUUCGGUUUGAUGGUCAAGAUUAUCAAGUUUGAAAGGUGCAUUUACUACACUAUUCAAAAGUACAUCCAACCUGAAAUCACCAUGAAUAUAGCAUUGCUGUUGAUAACCCUCAUUGCGACGAUAUGUAAGGGACAGAGUACAAUCAUGACAAUUCAAUCAUUAUGGGUAGAGAUGGUCGUGACCCUCACAACUGGGUUUGCACUACUGAUGGAGCCGCCAACAGAGGAACAGCCACCGCCAGUAAGACGAACUAAAGGUCUCAAUAUUAGCAACCCAAUGUGGAGAAACAUACUCAUCCAAGUUGCAUACCAGACAGCCAUGUUGGUCACCUUGCAACUCAAAGGGAAAACUUUCCUAGGCAUCAACCAGAAGGUUAGUGAGUCCAUGGUUUUCAACGCUUUCGUUCUCUGUCAGGUGUUUAACCAAAUCAAUGCAAGGCAGCCAGAGAAGAAAAAUGUGUUCAGAGGCAUACUUCUCCAUCCAUGGUUUUUGGUGUCUUUGGUUUUUGCUCUUACCCUGCAGCUGAGUUUUAUAGAGAUUGCACAUAUUCUUGUUGGGAAUGCAAGGUUGAAUUGGAGAGAGUGGGGUGUCUGUCUUUUAAUUGGGAUGGGUUCAUGGCCAAUCGAUUUGGCUGGAAAGUGUGCAUCCGACGUCAUCAAGAAAGUAAGAGAUAGCUACCUUGUAGAUCCACCACCACUAGUCUGAUAAAGUCUCCAGCCUCAGAUUCCACUUCUUCUCUAGCGAGAUGGAAAGUGUGCCACUCUUUGAUGGAAUGAUCUAGCAAGAUGAUGAAAUUCAACAUACUCUCUACACGUUCUCUUUGAGACAGCCCAGCAGGU